CAGGGAAAUAAACGGAGCGGAUCUCGUGCAAAAACCGCAUUUAGAGGGAGUUCCGGUUCCGCCGACACGCCCCCCUCAGGCGGAAAAGAUCGCGGGUUCUCAGAAGGUUGCUAUUAACAACGCACAUCACGUGACAAAAAUAGCUUCACGACACUUUUCCUUCCUUUGCCCACAACCAAACUGGCGACGCCAGAAAACGGGGAGCCAUUACUAUUAGCAACGAAGGUCGCGUCACACCGGAAACGUUGAAGUCGGGGCCUCUUCCGUUUUGCCCUCGACCAAGAUGGCGUUCCUCGUGAGGCGAGCGGUGCAGCUCUCCUUUUUGCUGCCGAGGCCGCCGUCGGAGGGAGCCGGCCGCGUGCGAGGAGUACGGGCGCUGCGCAGGACCCCCGUCCGCGUACUCCCUCCCCGCGUGCAGGCGAAAGAGGCCGUGCCUCAGGCCCAACCGCCAGCCGGCCCCCGCAAGAAGCCCCCCGCCCGGGAGUGGGAACCACCGGCGGUGGAACCGCCGGCAGAGGCGGAGCUGCGUUAUGAGCGGGCCUUGCCCGGCGACAAAAGGCUGAGCAAAGUGGUGACCAUUGCCAAAUCCAGGGCGUUCCGGGAGAGGCACGGGAAGAUCUUGCUGGAAGGCCGACGCCUCAUCACCGACGCACUGGCCGCCGGCGCCGUCCCCCGGAUGCUCUUCUUCAGCACCGUGGAUCACUUGCGGGAGCUGCCGGCGGCCCGGCUAAAAGGCGCCAGCCUCGUCAAGGUCCGGUUCGAAGACAUCAAGACCUGGUCGGAUGUCAUCGCCCCCCAGGGGGUGAUCGGGAUCUUUUCCAGACCGGAUCACGCCAAGAUGACUUACCCGGAGGUUCCGCAGAAGCACAGGCUGCCCUUGUCUCUGAUCUGUGACAACGUCCGUGACCCGGGCAACCUGGGGACCAUCCUGAGAUCAGCCGCCGGCGCGGGCUGCGAGAGAGUCUUGCUUGUCAAAGGCUGCGUCGACGCAUGGGAGCCCAAAGUGCUUCGGGCCGGGAUGGGUGCUCACUUCCACCUCCCCAUCAUCUCUGGCCUGGACUGGGGGGAGGUCCCCAAUUACCUCCUCCCCGACACACGCGUGCACACGGCGGACAGCACCAUGGAGCCCAGCCUUCGCGCCCAAGAGGAGCCCGCUUUGCCGACAAAGGCCAGCUGGCCCUAUGAGCAGAGGGCACAGCCAGCUCGGGUCAAUUGGGGCUCUGACGCGGACAGCGAGGAGUCAGCCGGGCCGGGCCCGUUGGAAGGCCAGCACUACUGUGAGCCGUGGAUGGAGGUCCCCGUGGCUCUGGUGAUCGGGGGAGAGACCCACGGCGUGAGCACGGAAGCCAAACAGCUGGCGGGCGGCACAGAUGGGCAGCGGCUGGUCAUCCCUGUGGUGCCCGGCAUGGAGAGUCUGAAUGCUGCCAUGGCCGCCAGUAUCCUGCUUUUUGAAGCCAAGCGACAGCUGCGCCAAGGAGAGGGAACAGGAAACCAUGAGGAGCCAGAGGGCCAGCGUCAGCCACAGCUGCUGCGCGUGGGACGCCUGCCAGGCAAGUAGCUUAGCCUCGCCUUCCUUUGGGGCUGCACUCCACCUUUUCUGGCUAGAGGAACUCACUCUGCUGCCCUGGAAAGAGAAGCAAGUGUCGCUCAGAGCCGGGCGCUUAGGAGUAUUUGCCCAGUGUGCUCCUUCAGAACAAAGGCAUGCAGAAGACUUGCGGGGAGCGUGAGCACCUGCCAAAACAGUGAGGCAGACCUGGGUGGGAGUCUGGGCUCUACCGAUCCAGGCUGCAGAGUGCUCUGCAGGGUCCCUCUCUCGGAAUGCCCUCUCCAUCAGCUCCCUGCGUGGAGGAAGCCCGGCAGGGAGGAAGGCCGAGCGUAGCCCUCUCCUGGCUGCGGGGGAAGAGUUUUCCAGAGAGGAGCAUUCCGAAAUAGGGGCCCCUCCCAUUUGCAAUGGAACAGUCUGGCCUUCUGCCAUUUACAAGUGUUUGGAUUUCAGGGGGGAGGGGAAGGGGGGGGUGCCUGAAAAGCUUGGCCAAGUUUGUUCCAACCUUGCCCACGUAGCUGGCACAAAAUGCCCAGGGCAGCAUUUGCCAACGUAAACUUGAAAUAAAUUGCCUCAUAUGUGACUCAGUGGCUGGUGCGGGAUUCGUGAUUCUCUCCA